AUGGUAAAAAAGAAUUAUGAAAAUAAUCAAUGGCAGCCAGAGGCGACAGCACGAGAUUUCAAGCGACCAGUUGCAGCUAGCAGAAGCAACAGUUCAGAGUCGUACGAAUCGGACGAGUCGUAUGAGUCGGACGAGUCGUAUGAGUCGGAGUCGUAUGAGUCGAACGAGUCGGAGUCGUAUGAGUCGGACGAGUCGUAUGAGUCGGACGAGUCGGAGUCGUAUGAGUCGAACGAGUCGGAGUCGUAUGAGUCGUAUGAGUCGGACGAGUCGUAUGAGUCUGAUGAGCCAGAUUUGCGGCAGCGUGGCUAUGUAUGGUGGGAAGAGUCGGGAGAGUCAGGAGAACUUGGAGGAUGGGAUAGAGGGAAGGGAAAGGGGAAAGAGAGGAGGAGAUGGAGGGGAAAGGGAGGUAGGGCUGGAGGGAAGGAAGGAGGGAAGGGAGGAAAGUGA